UCCUCCCGCCGGCUCCUCCCGGGGCGGGCGCUCCGGCCGUGGCCGUGUCAGCCCAGCCACGGCAGCAGCGAGCAUGUCCUCCAGUAGGGCCAAGAAAGUGAAGAUGGCCACCAAGUCCUGCCCCGAGUGCGACCAGCAGGUUCCUGUUGCAUGCAAAUCAUGUCCCUGUGGCUACAUAUUUAUCAGUCGAAAACUCUUGCAUGCUAAACGUGCUGAGAGAUCACCACCCAUCACAGAAAACAAGAGUGAGGCCAAAAGGAGGCGGACAGAGAGAGUUAAGCGAGAGAAGAUAAAUUCUGCAGUAAGUAAAGACUUAGAAAACCGAAAAAGAUCCAGGUCUAGCAGCCAUUCAGAUCAUAGCAGACGAGGAAGAGGAAGACCUAAGAGUGCCUCAGCGAAAAAGCACGAGGAAGAAAGAGGUAUGAGAGCUGGAGAAAUCUGUUUGUUGGAUUUUUUAUUUAUAUCUUUUUUAAUCAGUAAACCUUUAUACCAUUCAAACCAUUCAACUAGACUAGUUCAUCCAGUACCUGAUACCUUAAUGUGGGGAAGGGACUGAUUUGCAUGUGUAGAGACCUCUGGUUUUAAGUUUCAGUGUCUGAUGAAACUAACUACAAAUAUGUAAAUCUGUAUUUUUAGCCAUUGUAUCAAGUUUCAACAUGUAGGUUGAAAGCCAUUGGACUGAAGUAUUAAAUAGGUUUUUUUUAUUUUAGUUAUUUUUGUUGAGGUGCUGCUGCUCUGUAUGACCAAGACAAACCAUAUAAUGAUACCUGUUGUCAGAGAGGGGGUUAGGAUGACUGCAUUGCUUUAAAAGUUUCUUGAAACCUUUUGGAGGGCCAAAGUAAAAAGAGCAUUUUGACUCACUACUAUGACCUGAAUUUUGGUCCCUUAUUUCUGGAGGAAAGAAUUCCUCCUUGCCUGUUAAGGUUCCUUGGUGACCUGCUGUUUUUAAUCAUUAUACACUAAAGAGGCUGUUACAUAGCUGGAGUAAUUCUAGAACCCCUCAAGAGUGUAACUGGCACUUAGGACUCCUCUUGUUCUAAGAGCCUAUUGACACUGCAUUUGCUAGCCAUGUUUUUGGAGAUAGUAAUUUUAGACCUGAAUUAUGAAUCCAAAACUUACCAUGGG